UAUAUAUUAUUUAAACAUUUAGAAAUAUAAAAGUAAAUGUUUUUGGUAAUUUUUUAUAACUUUUAUUAUGGUUUUUAGAAAACUUGUUUUGCCAUUACUACUGGCGUACUAUUGUACUGCUGAAACAAUAAAUAAUAAAAGAUUUCCUAAGGAUUUCUUCUGGUCCUGUUCAACGGCUGCGGCUCAAAUUGAAGGAGCUUGGAAUGAAGAUGGAAAAUCAGAAAGCAUGUGGGAUUAUAUUAAUCAUAUUCAACCUUCCCAAAUCGUGGACAACAGUACAGCCGAUGUAGCAUGCGAUUCUUAUCAUAAAUAUAAAGAAGAUGUAGCUGCCUUAGUAGCUCUUGGAGCAACCCAUUACAGAUUUUCGAUAGCUUGGACAAGAAUAUUACCAAGUGGUUAUAAUGAUACCGUGAAUCCUUUGGGUGUUGCUUAUUAUAAGAAGCUAAUAGCAGAGCUGAAAGCCAAUAACAUCGAACCUCUUGUAACAAUGAUCCAUAUAGAUAUUCCUGAAAGUCUGAUUGCAAUUGGAGGAAUUUGGAAUGAUAAAUUUCCAUAUUGGUUCGAAGAUUACGCUAGAGUACUUUUUAAUGAAUUUGGAAAUGAUGUUAAAUAUUGGUUUACAAUUAAUGAACCACAUCCACUAUGUAUGCAUGCCCAGGCUGAUAUGGCCUAUUUUUGCGCAGCUAAUCUGAUUAGAGGACAUGCCAUGGUUUGGCAUCUCUAUGACAGAGAAUACAGAGAAAAACAAAAUGGUAAAGUGUCAAUUGUCCUUAGUUCCCGUUGGUCGGAACCAGAAUCAAAUAGCGCAGAUGAUAUUAUUGCAGCAGAGACAGCAAGACAAUUUACCUGGGGAUUAUUUGCCCAUCCAUUGUACUAUGGAGAUUUUCCAGCUGUUGUAAAAUCUCGUGUUAAUAUGAGAAGUCAAUUAGAAGGUUUGAAUCAAUCGAGACUUGCAGAAUUUAACCCUGCAGAAAUUGAAUUUAUAAAAGGAACGACUGAUUUCUUUUCCGCAAAUAUAUAUGCUACAGGCUUAGUAAGAGCAAUAGAUGAACCUGAAAUUGGAACGCCUUCUAUAGAAAAAGAUAUUGGGGUAUAUGCAUAUACAAAUGAUAGCAUACAGAAUGAUCCAUUGGGAAAUAGAAAACUAGUAAAUUGGCUUAAGAAAGAAUAUUUUGAUCCUGAAAUUUUAAUUACCGAAAACGGAAUACAAGAUCAGACUGGCCAAGUGGACGAUGGAUAUAGAACUGAUUAUUUGAAGCGCCAUUUGAGUGCUUUUAGAGAUGCUAUGGUAUAUGAUGGAGUAAAAAUAAUUGGUUACAGUCAUUGGUCUUUAAUGGACAAUAUGGAAUGGAAUUCGGGCUACACUGUGAAGUUUGGUCUAUACAGCAUUGACUUUAAAAAUGACGCCAAUUUAACCAGAGUGAGAAAAGAAUCUUCAUAUUAUUAUGAAAAAGUAAUUAGAACCGGUUGUUUAGUAGAUGAAUGUGUAGAUUAGAUUGCAAUAUAAGCGAAUAAAGAGCCACAUCUAAAGCAGCCACUGUUUUUUUUUCGUAAAUUUUUAUUAUACAAUUUUUAUAAUAUAAUAUAAUAUAAUAUAA